AUGACUGCAAAAGCAACCGAUGAAAAAGGCAAAAAGCCUGCCAACUUGGAGUACACAUUACACCGGGUCGGGCAUUGCUACUCCAAAGAGUACCGCGUCUACUUCGAACGCACCAGGGACCACGUGCCCAUCUCACCUUACCAUGACAUUCCCCUGUACCAUGACCAGGAAAAGGGGAUUCUAAACAUGGUGGUUGAGGUGCCGCGGUGGUCCAAUGCCAACGAGCGCCUAAAUCCCAUCGGCCAGGACACCCUGAAUGGCAAACCCCGCUUCACCAAGAACUGUUUCCCUUAUAAAGGUUAUAUGUGGAAUUAUGGUGCCUUUCCUCAGACCUGGGAAGACCCCCAUCAGGUCCACCGCGACAUCUACAAACCUGGAGACAACGACCCCCUUGACGCAUGCGAAAUCGGUCGUGCCGUUGCCCAAGUCGGCGACGUGAAGCACGUCAAGGUCCUCGGCGUGCUAGGGCUGAUUGACAACGGCAAGGCCGACUGGAAAGUCCUUGUCAUCGACAUACAUGACCCGCUCGCAGACCAAGUGAACGAUCUCGACGAUGUGAGCAAGCACUUCCCUGGCUUGCUGGACGCGUCAAGGGAUUGGUUCCGAAUUUAUGGUCUGCCGGAUGGAGAGGGACAAGGGGAGUUCGCUUUUGGGGGGGUGUGGAGGGGGCCGAGAUAUGCAGACAAGGUGAUCAAGUGGUGUUGGCAGUCAUGGAGGAAGCUGAUUAGAGGGCAUGCUGAACGGGGGAAUAUCUCGAUAGAGAACACAACCCUUAGGGGUAGUCCUGGUUAUCUUGAUCCAAGAAAUGUAGAGCUGCCCCCUGAUGAGGACAAGUCACCCGCCAACAUUGAGGACGAUCUAGAUGAAUGGUUCUACAUCGACCGACACGAUUUGGAAAAAACAUUUGCUUUAAUGGAGGGAUCGUGCAUUUACAUCACCCUGUUGUUAGAUGCGUGA